CGGCGUAGAACGAGUCCAUGCUUGCUCCGCUUCAGAGUACAUCAACAAUUGCUCUAAAUCAAUUGGAUCAAGUCUCAUUUUAAACAGCCACCUCCAGUUAGUCAGCAGGAUGUCCAGUUCGGACGUGCUAGCCAGUCCCUGCGGCGUGGACAUGUCCUCCUCUCCCAAAUCACCACUGACUAAAACCCAACAUCCUGACAAGGACUCCAAACAGAACCCUGUCCCUGCCUCCCCUCCCCUCCAUGGCCUGAAGCUGGCUCCCCACAGGGAGCUGGAGCAGGCGCAGCAGAGGGGCAGGCUGAAGUGUUCUAGCUGCGGAGGCUCCCGGAUGUUCUUCUGCUACACCUGCUGCUCUUUAGUGGGCGUCAGCCAGCAGGAAAUCCCCUCCGUCAAGCUCCCUAUAAAGAUUGACAUCAUCAAGCAUCCCAGUGAGGUUGAUGGGAAGAGCACAGCCAUACACGCCAAGAUCCUCGCCCCUGAUGAUGUCACCAUCUACACCUACCCCUGCAUACCUGACUAUGAAGAUGACAAAGUUAGUCAGCUUUUCCUCUUUGUCUACCACGUCAUAUACAUAAAAAUGUGUAGUGCUGGGAGAUUACAGAACCUGGCUGACAUGAAGUCAGCUGCCUCCCCUGACGAGGAACCGUCCCCAAAGAGGCCCAGAGCUGAGGAGCCAGGGGCCACACAGCAGGCUGAGGGACAGACAUCAGGAGCCACACACACAGAGGAGAGGGGAGGGGCAGCAGGGAUAGAGGGCCAGACUGAGACACCAGGAGCCUGUCCCCUCCAGAGAGUGGUGUUCAUCGACAGCACAUGGAACCAGACCACCAGAAUCAUCACAGAUGAGAGACUACAGGCGUUGCUCCGUGUGGAGCUGAAGACCAGGAAGACGUGUUUCUGGCGCCAUCAGAAAGGUUCUCCAGACACCUACCUGGCAACCAUAGAGGCUGUCUACUACUUCCUCAAGGACUACCAGGAGCUGUGUCUGAGACAGGAGUACACAGGACAGUAUGACAACCUGAUGUACUUCUACUGUUACCUACACACACUGAUCAACAAGGCUAAGACAACCGCUGGGAGACGCUGAGGACGCAGGGGGGAGAGAGGCCAAAACUACCGCUGGGAGACGCUGAGGACGCAGGGGGGAGAGAGGCCAAAACUACCGCUGGGAGACGCUGAGGCUGCAGGGGGAGAGAGGCCAAAACUACCGCUGGGAGACGCUGAGGCUGCAGGGAGGAGAGAGAGGCCAAAACUACUGCUGGGAGACGCUGAGGCUGCAGGGAGGAGAGAGAGGCCAAAACUACCGCUGGGAGACGCUGAGGACGCAAGGGGAGAGGCCAAAACUACCGCUGAGAGACGCUGAGGCUGCAGGGAGGAGAGAGAGGCCAAAACUACCGCUGGGAGACGCUGAGGCUGCAGGGGGAGAGAGAGGCCAAAACUACCGCUGGGAGACGCUGAGGCUGCAGGGAGGAGAGAGAGGCCAAAACUACCGCUGAGAGACGCUGAGGCUGCAGGGAGGAGAGCGAGGCCAAAACUACCUCUGGGAGACGCUGAGGCUGCAGGGGGAGAGAGGCCAAAACUACUGCUGGGAGACGCAGGGAGGAGAGAGAGGCCAAUAGAAGCACAGCGAAGAGCUGCUGGCAAACGCACGAAAGUGCUGUUUGAAUGAAUGCUUACGAGCCUGCUGCUGCUUACCACCGCUCAGUCAGACUGCUCUAUCAAAUCAUAGACUUAAUUAUAACAUAACACACAGAAAUACGAGCCUGUGGUCAUUAAAAUGGUCUAAUCCGGAAACUAUCAUUUCGAAAACAAAAUGUUUAUUCUUUCAGUGAAAUACGGAACUGUUCCAUAUUUUAUCUAACGGAUGGCAUCGCUAAGUCUAAAUAUUGCUGUUACACUGCACAACCUUCAAUGUUAUGUCAUAAUUAUGUACAAUUCUGGCAAAUUAAUUACGGCCUUUGUUAGGAAUAAAUGGACUUCACACAGUUCUCAAUGAGCCAGGCGGCCCAAACUGCUGCAUAUACCCUGACUGCAUAUACCCUGAAGAGAAGUGACACAAUUUCCCUAAUUAUAAUAAAUUCAUGUUAGCAGGCAAUAUUAACUAAAUAUGCAGGUUUAAAAAUAUAUACUUGUGUAUUGAUUUUAAAGAAAGGCAUUGAUGUUUAUGGUUAGGUACAUUGGUGGUUAGGUACGUUUGUCGAAGUAGGCGCAUCGAUUAUAUGCAACGCAGGACACACUAGAUAAACUAGUAAUAUCAUCAACCAUGUGUAGUUAACUAGUGAUUAUGUUAAGAUUGUUUUUUAUAAGAUAAGUUUAAUGCUAGCUAGCAACUUACCUUGGCUUCUUGCUGCCCUCGCGUAACAGGUAGUCAGCCUGCCACGCAGGCUCCUCGUGGAGUGCAAUGUAGGACAGGUGGUUAGAGCGUUGGACUAGUAAUUGGAAUACCGAUUACCGAUUGUUAUGAAAACUUGAAAUCGGCCAUUCCGAUUAAUCGGUCGACCUCUACGAGGUAGUAUCUUUUUGUGUCUAAAAUGUAUAAUGCAAGAAAUGGCAGUGGAAAUGCUUUUAUGCACUAAUAUUGAGAUGGAUAUCAAAGUAAAUAUCCAGGGUCUUAUUCUGGUGACAUGAUGAUCGAUGCUUUGUUGCCGUUUUGACAAAUAAAGAAUCUGGUUCUUUGUCCAUAAUAAUGUCAUGUAGGCUAUAGCUACACUGUAUCUGGCUCUUUGUCCAUAAUAAUGUCAUGUAGGCUAUAGCUACACUGUAUCUGGCUCUUUGUCCAUAUUAAUCUCAUGUAGGCUAUAGCUACACUGUAUCUGGCUCGUUGUCCAUAAUAAUCUCAUGUAGGCUAUAGCUACACUGUAUCUGGCUCUUUGUCCAUAAUAAUCUCAUGUAGACUAUAGCUACACUUUAUCUGCGAGUGCAGCUGUUGGUUGGAACGCACAUGCCAAAUCCAGAGUGGAUCCAUUUGCUAUAGAACGCAACAAAACCAUCAGUAGAGUUAAAUGUGAUGGAACCCCAUUUAUAGUUACUUGUAUGUGCACUACAUCAAACUUUUAUCCACAAGUCAAUUUGGGAAAAUGCAUAUGGUUUUUAUGCAGAUUUUAGAAUAUUCUGAUGGAAACCUAGCUACUGUCUAAAACUCUUGAUUUGUGUGGAGGACAAAGUACAGCUCUAAUUCGAGAGCUUGAAACUCUUGGCGCUGUCUUUCAGUGAUUCAGGUUCACCCAUCAGAUGUGAUGUUCUAAGGAAUGGUUGUUACUGUGCAACAUGUCAUGUGGAAUUAUGAACGGUAUAUCACCUGGUCUGUAUAAAAUGACUAAAGAAAAUGUACUGCAUUUGUGAAUACAGAAGUGUAAAGUAUUUGAUAAAGGCUGGGGUUGAAUUCA